UCCUCACCCGAGCAAAUAGGAGAGCCAACAGUGAAUAACGAGUUUGAGCGUGAAACGGAUUUCAUCAAUAGUCAGCCGUCACUUGUUGAAUGUUUUACAUAUUUUGCCCCUGUUGACGUGGACUUAUCAAUCAAAGGUUUUCACGAACCCUCACCCUCUUAUCCCACCUCCUUUCGAAAACACCAUCCCAAGCCUGAGGCUCGCGAGUCAGCCAAGCGGGCAUCUGCACAUCUUCAGGAAUCGCGCAAUGCUCGCAAAUUUUCUUCCCAGGAAUUAGCGCGAAGACCAGCAAAGGCUCGUGGGCUGAGUGUUAUUUUGUGGUAUGACUUGUGUGUCCAGGCUCAUAAGCUUCCAGAUCGUUAUACUCGAGGAGGAGGUCCGCGCAGCCUGAGAACAGCAUACACAAACACACAGCUUUUGGAGCUCGAGGAGUUACAUUACAACAAAUACCUUUGCAGGCCACGGCGCGUGGAAAUAUCAGCGUUGCUCGACUUAACGGAACGCCAGGUCAAAGUGUGGUCCCAGAAACGGUGUAUGAAAUAUAAACGUCAGACCAAGACUAAGGACAUCCAUAGGGAGCUAAGCAAGACUGGAGAGGACAGCACAUAGCGACGAAGACAGCUCCAUGUAUGACCAGAGUCAUAAUAGAGACGGCCGUGUGGAUGGGGAGUUCUCCAAAACGAUCUGUCUGUCCUGUAAUGCAAAAGACAUGCAAACUUUUAAUUUGUUUCCUAGCGGCUUUAGGAACAGAAGUUUGAGAGAUGUUCCCAGUCAGACACCUACUGAUCUGGGCAAAGGGACAACAAUACGCCGUAAUAUCCAAUGUGCCAGCAUGGACAAUAUGGUUACCCACAUGUUAUGGACAUGUCUUUACAGGAGUUGUCUGUCCGAUACAGCUUCGCCAACACUGUGGGAGACCCGGGUAAUAUAUCAGUGGAUUUUUAUUUGCUUACAGAUUCUACAGUUGAUUUACAACAUAAAAUAUACAGAUUGUCAAAAUCGAUCAGCUAACAAAUGAAAGGACAGACGCAAGGACAGGAGUUUUUUGUAUGCAAAUAAGUUUCAUAUAUUGACAUAAUUAUCAGAAAAUUUCGAAGGUAAGUUAACCCAUGACUGCUAUGCUUACACUAAUUCUAAAAAUGUCCAGUGUUGCUUUUGUAAGAAUAAACACAAAUUGUAUAACUACUUCAAGUGUCAAGUCUAACUACUAUGAAAGAAUGAAACGUGCUUUUAGUCGCCACAAAAUUUACUUCAACCCUAUUAAAACAUUUAAAGGGUUAAUGAAUAUAGUUUACAUGUUAUUCAGAUAUUUUGUAAAUAUUUUUCAAAACAAAUAACAAAAUCCAUCCCCAGAACAUUUGUUGGAAAGCAUCUUUUUGAAUAAUACAGCAAGAUGAUCGACACGACAAAAUGUGCCUUAAACUAAUAAAGAAAUCAUGUGCCUUUAAAACUCUCAUGUAAAAUAUUAGCCUAAAUCAAUGGAGUUCGUUUUUGAUAUAUACAUAUAUACAUUCAAGGAUUAUAUUUAAUGAUACAGAAAAUAAUACAUUUGCGGUUUUAUUUAU